AUGAGUUCAAAAAGCUAUCCAAUGAGUUCAACGAGUUAUGGUUAUGAAGAUGAACAACAACCAUACAAAAAAUGGUUCAAACUUCUUUUCAAUGCCUUUCAUAAUGACGAAACAGCAAUUGAAUUUAUUCAUGAUAGUCCACCAAUCGAUUUUAUAAAAAUCAUUAAUACCAAAGAAGAACAACUUAUUAAAAUCUUAUCAAUUUCUUCUAAUGUUGUAUGGGCAUGGAAAAUAAAGAAAGAUAUUAUUCACAAGCUUGAUGAAAAUGAGACUAUUUUCCCCGGAUUUCAAUACCUUUUCAAAUAUAAAUGGGUUCCUUCUGACAAAAAUGGUGAGAAUGACCUGAUCCUUACCAAUGGUAAAGGAAUAUUCGCAGUCGUGGAAACAAAAAGAACUCGUUUUAUCGAUAAAGUAAAAGGUAAAUUAUCAAAAAAUAAAGAUAAUAAAAUUGACAAAUACAGGAAAAGUUAUGUCAUUCAACAAGCCGGAAUUUAUAAGCAAAAAUUUAUUGAUCAAUACGGAGGAGCUUAUGCAAACGGAGACGGACCUUCAUUUGAUAUCAUUGCAGUUAUUGGAAUAGCAAUUGGUGAGGAUUAUGAAAGAUGGUGUCUUAAAGCUUUUGAUAAUCAAGUUUGUGAAACUCUCGAUAGGAUACAUGAUAAACAUAGCUCCGUAAAAUCCCCCAUGUAUAUAUUGUCGGCCAAUUCGUCAGAAUCAAGCUUAAGCAGUAGAAAUGGUACCAAUGAUACCAAUGUCUUCAAACAUCUACAAGUACUUGACAAUCAAGUAGAAGUACUUGACAGUCAAGUAGAAGUAUUUGAUAAUCAAGUACCUGACAAUCAAAGUUUGUAUAAUUUUCUGAAAUACCUGGACGACAAAGGGCUCUUAAGAGAUAACGAUUAUGCUAACCCAUUAUACCCAAGAUGUUUGGAGCACAUCAGGAGAAGUGGAAAUAUUGAUCGAAAAGUUCAAAAAGACUCGGCUAAACACCCAGACGAACAAAGGUCUAUUGGUUGGUACUACGAUGGAGUGCUGAAAAUUAAUAUAAAUGGUACAGAAAUACAAAUGGGCUUUCUUGAAGUUAUUGCAGCAAUGCGUUUAGCAUUUUCUCAUUUGGAAGAAAUUCUACAUGAAAGGGGUGAGGAUUAUGAAGAACUCAAGUAUAAACUUGAAACAUUUGGAAUUAUAGUCGAUAGGAGGCAUUUUGUUUUUUAUGCAAUGGAAUAUUUCGAUGGGGCGUAUCUUCUUGAUGAAAUUUAUCCAUUUACACUACCGGAUACACCAACCCAACUAUAUUUAUUAAAAGAUAUCAUAACCAUUUUAUUAAAUUUUAGAGCCGCGUUGAACGCUUACAUAAAGAAAUAA